GCUGCCACCGCUGCUGCUUCUCCAGUCAUCAAGAACAGAGAAGUCACUACCGUCACCGUCUCUGGUGCCACAGCGACUACCUACCCCCAGCCAGCCGUCGAGAUCCAAGGCUUCCCAAUCCAUCCCUCGUGCAACAACACCGAGAGAAUUCAGCUCGAAAAGGCUCUUGGUGACACCAUCAAGAUUGCUCAACAAGCUGCCCAACACGUCUACACCCACGGCAACCAAUCCGAGAUUUACAGCAAGUAUUUUGGUCAAGCACCUACUGCUGAAGUAAUUGGAUGGUAUGAGAAGCUUAUUUACGGGGACCAUGAGGGUGUCCUUUUCCGUUGUGAUGACAUCGAUGGAAACUGCCACCAAGAAGGUUGGGGUGGCCACUGGCGCGGUGAGAAUGCCACUGAUGAAACAGUCAUCUGUCCUCUUUCUUACACAACGCGCAAACCCUUGGAGGCCAUGUGCAGCAAUGGCUAUACCAUCGCCAACAACAAGCUCGCAACAUACUUCGCCGCGGACUUGAUGCACCGUCUGUACCAUACUACAAAGAUCGGUGAAGGUGCCGCCGAGCACUACGCAGAUACUUACUCCGAGUGCUUGGAGUUGGCGCAGAACAACUCCGCAGAGGCAGUUCGCAACACGCACAGUUUGCAAUACUUUGCUCUUGAUGUUUACGCUAUGGAGGUUGCGCUGCCCGGUGAGGGAUGCACGGGGACUCCUGCUGAGGAGCAGGCUGAUUCUCAUGCUGCUCCUGCCUCGUCUGCCGCAAGCUCUGCUGUUGCUUCUGCAUCGUCGUCAUCUGCUUCUGCUUCU